AUGGUCAAAGCAAUCACUCUCGUGUUAUUUUCUGUAUCUGUAUUAUCUUUGGCCCAAGGAUUUUCGCUCACUAUUUUACACACUAACGAUAACCACGCGCGGUUUGAAGAAACAAACGUCCGCGGCUUCCUAUGCAAUCCCAGCGACGCUCAAGCGGGCGAGUGUUAUGGAGGAAUGGCUCGCAAAGCAACGAUGAUCAAAAAAAUUCGAUCAGAGACGAAAAAUGUGCUGCUAAUUUCUGGCGGAGAUGUUUUAACCGGAACAAUAUGGUACCGAGUUUACCGCGGUAAUGCUACGAGAUUUUUCAUGAACGAACUUGGGUAUGAUAUCAUGGUGAGUAAAUCGAGUACCUCAGCUUAACAAGGGAUAUGUUUUUAUCCCUUGGUAGAAAAACGGUAACUUGUAGUUCAGGUUUUUCAGCUAAUGCAGAGAGUUUGCUCCUCUACAGGAAAUAGUUUAUUGUUCAGCUAGUGAAGACCGUCUACUUCUUUACAGGAUAAAGGUUUUUUUUUUAUAUUCAGGUUUUGGCUGCCUAAACUUCACAUAAAGCGCACUGUGGUACAACGCCCGACAUUCGAGCUUAAAGAAUCGUUAGUACAUCGGCUCUCCUUGAUGUUACGAAAUUCAAUCGUGAUCGCGUGAUGUCGUGAAUCGUUUCUCUCCUGAUCGUGUAUGUAAACCAUGUAUACUGUCAGUCGAAGUAACACUCGAUUUCAAUCAUAUUACAAGUAUCCAACAGAGAAUUUAGAUUCGAGACAAACAAGUGCGAGAGCCUUUGCGUGUCACCAGCUAAUAUUGAUAAGAAUAGAUAUGUCAGAUAUUCACGUCAGAUAUUGUUUCCUUCGUUUUAACUCCGUGAAGUAAAGUUGUAAUGAAUUUGUAGCAUUGGGAAAGUUACCUCUGUAAAUGUAAACUUUUCAUACCUUCCCAAGAGAAUUGCUGUGCCAUGUAUUGGAGUAAAUCUACAAAAUAUUCGCAGACUCCUUACCACGAAAUAAGGGCUCAGUACGCAGAACCUUCACACUUGAUUUUUUUGUCGGAGUUGAUGUAAAAGAUUCUUCACAAUCAGUCGGACCAACAACGGGUCCCGCGAGGGGAGGGGGGUACUUAGCAGAAUUUUAUACAGGGAGGCUCCGCACCGAGGUCUGACCCCUUAUACCCUUUAUAUGCCAUUUUUGACAGAAGAGUACCCCUGUUGACAAAAGGUGUCCCUUUCACAUACCUAGUUUAGAAUUUUACAUUCCUCUUAACUGCUGUAAAUGCACUAUUUUUUAAACAGAAUAUGAAUAAAUUACAAAAACAGAACGUUUUUUCCACUUUUUCAUAACCACAAAAUGCAUAGCCCCGGCCCUUUAGGCCUUUUAACCGACCGAAAUGAUAGAUUUCCUUACCCUUUCAUACACUUCAUCAAGUGAAAUCCCUACCCCUUUCGGGCGGACCCUCCCUCCCCUCCGGCAACGAGUCACUGCUGUACUUUUUCACAGUUUGUUGCAUAAAUAAUUUAUUUACAUAGCUUUCGUCAAUCACCACUGCACUCUUACUGAUUUCACAAUUACGUAAACAACUGCUUUGAAUUCCCUCCGUGACAUAAAUUGUCAACAUUCAAGAGGCCAGAAAAACAUGAACACAAACACAAACACAGCCCUGACGAUAACGUAUUACGUUCAGCUGUACGUUUAUACGUUAAUACGGGCUUAUUCUAUUCUGCGAAACGGAACGAAACGAAAUGAAAGAUAUGGUGGAUAGAGAAAAAAUGCUUAUUAUCCUAAACAAAGUUUAAGACAACAUUGACAACGUGUUUGGAAGUAAUCGUUCACGAAUAAUGACGGAUUUUUACCUUUUUCGCAAAGUAAAAAUUUCACUAGAAUUACUAUCUUGAUAAAUGGCGUUUUUUUACCGGAAUUGACAGCGUGGAAUCCAAAAUCCAAGACCCUGAAGACCGUCUUGAAUAACCCUACAUGGGGCGAUAGAAUUAACAGCUGUCUCAGUUUUUAAUUCUUUUCUCGACAGACCCUUGGAAAUCACGAGUUUGAUGACGGCGUUCAGAACUUGGUGUCCUUCAUCAGCCAUCUGAAUUUCCCAGUUGUGGCCUCAAAUCUUAACUUCACCCAGGAACCAUUGUUGUCCAGCACACCUCCCCUGAUAGUCACUUCCAAAGUUCUUAAUGUUAGCGGCGAGAGAAUUGGCUUUGUGGGAUAUGUAAAAAGGGGAUCGACACUGUAAGUUAAUAAGGCACCACACUUUUGCUUGUUUUUAAGAAAUGGACAACAACUUUAAGUUUAAAACAAGACAUGUUUCGAUCGUUCAACGAUCACCUUCAGUUGUGAAUUCGUUUGCAAUUAAUACAAGUAAUGACGUAUGAGUUAAAACGUGAUACAAUUCAAAAUUUCGAAAAAAUUAACGUACAGUUUUAAGAUGCGCGAGACAUGGAAUAACACUUGCGCGAGCACUACACUUAAUACAAGGAAGAAAAUUGUAAAAAUUGAAAUAAUUACAAUGGUUAUAACACAAAAUGUUAUGAGAACAAAAAUAUAUAUAUACAUAUAUAUAAAAUAAACUUAAAGAAUAAUAUCAGAACGAGAGAGUUAAGUCAGCAUGUUUCAGCUGUUUAUUUAAAGUGGGAUUCUCCCAUUUGAUGUGCAUUGCCUCCUUCAACAUAAGUUGUAGUUUGUUGGGUGCACAAUCCACGAUGGAAAAGCAGUUCUUAUUAGCUAGACAACGACAUGCCUGGGAUUGCUGCAAAUGCUGAUAAACGUAUGAGUUCCUAUCCCUGCUUAGAUGCUCACGAACGCACGUCUUUUGCUUGUGUUUUCACAUACAUUUUGAGCUAAAAAAUUCCCUCUUCCUUCAAUGUUGGUUAUUUAGACCUGGUCCUGGACCUAAUAUCAAAUUCCUGAAUGAGGUAGAGUCAGUGAGGAAAGCUGUAGAAGAACUCAAGCGACAGAACAUCAACAAGAUUAUUGCCAUCGGUCACUCAGGCAUCGACAUCGACCAAAAAGUAGCCAAAGAAGUUGAUGGAGUGGAUAUCGUGGUAGGAGGUCACGAACACGCCUUACUUUACACAGGUAAACAACUGUCCUUAACCAUGCUUUACCUGUAUCCCUAAGUUUACGGUAAUCCUGCCCCUGCUCCUACCUUAGGGAUAAGGGGAAAGGAGAUUUUAGAAGGGGAAAAGGAAGAGGCUGGAAGAGAGUCUCCCAUUUUCGCUUCUCUCAUCUCCCUUUCCCCCAGGAAACGCCUUAUAAGCAGGCUAAAGAAGCACUCGCGUUGCUUAUCUGCUACCUAACCAGUACGCAUGCGCACGGCAUAACCCUCUACUUUUUGCGCUUCACUAACUCACCAAAAACAAAAGAUUAUAAGAACUCUGGGUUAAUAGUAAAGGCAUGAAACAGAAUGCUAUUAACAGAUCAACCUAAGCUCUGAAGUAUUUUUCAUAGAGUUCUUGCAAUUUUCUCGUUUAGUUAACGACAAAGUGUUUGAAUAAGACUGAAGUUCUCUCUCCUCUCUCGACAAAUGACUUCAUUAACCAUACGCUUUUAACCACUUACAAACUGAUCUUUUACGUAAAUGUCCAAAAAAACGUAGGAAAAACCAACAAGUAACCGGUAAAGCAUAAAUAAACUAUCUUCAACCUGAGCUCUGAAGUACUUUCAUAGAGUUCGUCCAAUUUUUCUCCUUGGACCUACAAUCAUGUACAAAAGUCUUGGGACACUUUUGCGUUUCUGAGGCGUUUUCCAAUUCACACAGGUCCAACCCCCCUCACCCCACAAACAAUGUUGGACGCGUGUAUCCAGAAUUUUUUCCGAGUUUCAACUUUGUAUAGAGUGGGGGAGGGAGAACUGCAAGAAAAUUUCGAAAAUGAUGCGCUGUUUUAAGAGGGAACUGAGAAAUGACAGAAAAAUAUGAAUAUUGCAGUACUGUCCCAAGGACGUUUGUCCAGGAUUGUGGGUCUAUCAACUUCGUCACUUUGUGGCAGAUGAUCAUCGUCUCUAAAUGACCUUUGCAUAUAAAAUCUUCUAGAGUUUUCAGCCCAGCCCUUCCUGAUGGCCAUUGGACUCUUUCUUACUUAGGUUGAUCUUAUUUUGGCAUUUUGUUUUGGCUUGAUCUAAGCUGUACGGUACAUUAAAAAAUAAUCACCAACAACUACAACUUAAAAAUCCACAACCCUGGUCAAAACGUCUUGGGACACUUGAGGAAAUUAGGCACAAAGACGCACUUUGCUAAAUUAACUCAUAUUCUACCUCUUAAAAAAGCUUGGGGAUGUUGUUAUAAGGCGCUAUUUCUGCUGCCCCCCUCUCCCCCAAGCAGUGUUGAUUGUGUUGAAUUAAAACUUGAAUGCAUAACGUCAACACUGCACCGAGGGGGAAGGGGGGGAGGGAAGAUGCCUCAAUUUGACGAGCUAUUGCGUUAGUGUCCCAAGAGUUUUGACCAGGGUUUUAGCUUUAAUUUGUGCAAGCUUUACCGUGCGUAAAAAUUAUGGCUAAUCGUUGGGUUUUAACCCUGCUUUAUCCAGGAAAACCCCCAUCAAUAGAGACGCCUUACGGUCCAUACCCUAUGGUGAUUACACCCAACAGCAAACCAGAGGGAAAAGUACUUGUGGUUCAGGCGUAUGCUUUCAGCAAAUACCUAGGGAAUUUAAAGGUUGAUUUUGAUGACAAUGGCGAUUUGACCUCUUGGUCUGGUAAUCCAAUACUGCUGGACAAUUCUGUAGCCGAAGACCCAACGGUUCUGAGACAGGUUCAGGAUUGGAAAGCUGAGGUGGCUAAAGUUUCAGAGGUAAGAUUUUUUUGAAACUUUUUAAUUUUUGUCCUUAAUCAGCCUGUGCAAAACAUAGCGGAGAUACAACAGGCUGUGACGUCAACUUCUUGAGUUUAAGGCUGAGGAACGAACAUCAGUUUUUCUCUUUUGUCGGAAUCGUUCAUACUCGUGGAAGCAUUAAGGCGCAAGAAAAAGAAUCAUUAAGAUUAUUCAAAAAUUCUAUCGUAUCGCCUGAGGAUUUUUCGUAUAUACUAAUUUUGACAGGAAUGGGUUGCCCGCGGGCCCGCACCUAUAUCCUCUCUCUUGUUUUCAAGUCAAAAUUCGUUAUUUUCCCGCUAAUUUUCAAGACGAACCUCUUAACCAUCGUUUAUCAGAAAAACUUUUCGCUUUUUACUUGCUGUUUUGACCCCGAAAUGAUUCCCAAGUAACUUUGGAAUGACAACUGAAACAACUGAAACAGGGGAUUUUGGAAGUUGCAAAAAUGUUUUUAAUAGUACAAUUUGGUACAAUCCCCUGGCGUACUUCCCUAUGAAAGUGACGGUGAUGCUUCUCGGAAAAUUCAUAUUAAACCCCCAAGGGAGACCAAUGUAGGUGUGGCUCAAACUUAAACUGACCCCUGAGGUAGAUUUUUGUGUAGUCAGUGUCAGGGCAUUUUUUGUAAAUUUCUUUAUACGCAAUACCAGGCGAUACCUGAAUUGGCAAAUAUAGUAACUUUCCAUCCCAAACACCUUAAGUGAGACCAAAAUCUGCAAUUUACACUCUGAAGCGAGACGACGGAAAUCCCGAUCGUUUUUACAAUCUAACCUCCAUAUGUGACCACCUGUCGUAAGCGACCAACUUCCAUAACCGACAUCCUAUCCAAAACACCAAAAUUAUCCAGUUAAAAUUCUCUCCUUCGAAACUCUCGUAAAUAACCAUUUCUGAUAAGCGAGCGCGAUCACUAUUUGGGUUGACAGUUUUGAACUUUUUCAUUGUUUUUAACCCUUUAAGUCCCAAUAUAGUGACCAACAUCAAUUUUCUCCUAAUGAUAUCCAUACAAUGUCAAGAGAUUAGGUUAUGAGAAUUAAUAUAAUGAUCACCAAAGAGAAAAUGCUUUGAUCUUUUAUCAAACUCUCUCAACUUAUUCUUUAAAGAAAUGUAUGGAGAUCAGUUUGGAGAAUUUGCUUGUGGCUAUUGGGGCUUAAAGGGUUAAAUUUCUUGUAAGCGACCUUUUGACUACAACGAUGCUUUUGACUACAACGAUGCUUGUUUACGUUCUCCAUAAAACGCGAAAUUAGGCAUUUUCACGUCGCAGUCGUGCAAAAACGGGUAAGAAAUGUACAAAAAAGUGUGAUGCACGUGCAAAGUUGUUGUUUUGCUUAUCAAACCUAUUAUUUUUAUGACGUUCUCGUUGCCGUCCGCGUGGUUGGCUCUUAAAGUCCCUAUUUUGCCCGCGUCGCAGACGCUCUAGACCUUCUGUCCCGGGGGGGGGUACUGCCAUAUAUGGGCUCUAUAGGUAUGUGCCGCUGUGAAGGGUAUGGUUUUCAAACAGUUUACUCUCGGAUAGGGUAUAUAAAUCAGAGCGUUUGGGUCUAGAAUAGGGUAUCAUUUUUCAGGAAACUGAUCACUUGGUUGAAGAUUUAUCUAGACUAGGGAAACAGCUACUCUAGGAUAGGGGGGAUUUGGGGAGUUUACUCUAGUAUAGGGUAGCAAAAUUCAGCUGAACUAGCUCUGGUAUAGGUUAAGGGUUCCAGGGUCCCAGCGGCACAUCCCCACCCAGAAAUUCCCCCCCCCCCGGGCCUUCUGUAUAGAGCAAAUAGUUUAGAGAAGUGCGUGGGCCGGCUGUAACACGAGCUAAUGGUUCAUGACAAGAUUGGAAUCCUUUAUUUUUCAGGUCAAAGUGGGGUCCAGCUUUGUUUUCCUGUACGGAGACAAAUCAGUUUGCAUGCUCAAAGAAUGCAAUUUACCAAAUGUUGUUACAGACGCUAUGGUAUUUCAUUACACCAACACGAACAACUCACACACUGAUGCACAGUGGACUAAUACAAGUAUUGCAAUUCAAAACUCCAACAGUAUUCCUGCCUCUAUUUAUCCAACUGAAGAAGGUAUUUCAACAGGACGGUGCUUCAAUACAUGGAAGCAAUGCUCUUUGUUUGUCAUUUGCCCUAUAGGUGCUUGGAACGUUCCUCGUUACACACAGUAAUUUUUUAAGGAGUUACUAUAACUCCAUUAAAUGGAGUAAACAUUUUAGGUACAGGAUAACCCCUUUUAUUGGGUUACUUUAACUCCUAAUUUAACUCCAAAUUUGGGGUCAUUUUUACUCCUAAAAGAGAGCUCUUUUUAAUCCCAGUCUGGAGUUAAAAUAACUCCGAAAAUGGGGUUAUUUUUACUCCUUACAUGGGUUGUUUUUACUAUUUUUGGAGUUACUUUAACUCUGAAAGUGGAGUAAAAAGUUUAGGUACAGGAUAACUCCUUUUUGGGGAUUAUUUUAACUCCUCAAUAUCUGGGGUCAUUUUUACUCCUGAAAAAGAGUUCUUUAAACUCCUUUUUGGAGUUAAAAUAACUCCCAAAAAAAUAACUCCACUGUACGGAGUUAAAUUAACCCCACUAGAGGAGUUAUAAUAACUCCUUGAAAAUUACUGUGCAGUCAACUCCCUUUAAAGAGGACACUAUAGGGACCGCGAGUUGGUGUUCUCAUUAGCGAGUGUCCUUUAUAGCGGAAGUUUAUUUCAGUCAAACAUCAGUAAUUCACACAAUAAUUUUCAAGAGUUAUAACAUGCGGAAAAUGUCUGUUCAAACCGUUACUAUCAUUACUAUCGGUAAUGAUCUUGGGCAUAGCUUCAAAGAUAUUUGGUCGCCAACAAAUAGCGCAUAACUGCGCAAAAUAUCGUUCGCGCCUCGCCUUCUUCAUCGUUUGUCUGAAACUCUCGGUUAUCUCGUUACCUCGAUUGCCUUUCACAACGUCCCCUUUAAAGGAGUUGAUCUGACGAAAUUGUUUCCCCUCCUGUAGCUAUUACAGUCUUUAAAGCUUCACUUUUUUUCAGGUGCUAUUACAUACGGUCAUAUUGUGAAUAGCUUCCCGUACAGAAACAUAGUGGAUCUUGUAGAACUGAAAGGAGAGGACCUUGCCCAGGUUUUUGAACAAGUGGCGUCUUUGUAUGAUAAAGAUAAACCAGACAUAUCAUUCCUACAAGUGUCAGGUAUCUUUAUUCUCUGUUUCAAAUAUCACACAAAAAUAUUGAAGGACAAAGAAACAAACAACAACAGAAACAACAAAACAAUGCCAAGGCAUGGAAAAACUUCUGAAAAAUGACGAUUUAUACCUUAAGACACAUACACUUUUACACUGUUUACAGGUAGCCAUUACGACACCUGAAGGAGGAUCAUGAGGUUAUUCGGCCCUAUAUUAAGAUCCCUCCUUACAGAUAACCCACACAGCCCAGGAAAGGUUACGUUGGCCACACUACCACUGUCUACGUUCCCUACUAGGGAGCUUAAGCAAAGACGUUUUUGAGCGACGCACGUCAACCGGAAGUGAGGCCUUCUCCCUUUUUAUAUGCCUUGACGCUAACAAAUUUGUAUUGCUGAGUUUCUUUACUCUUUUAAAGAACAUUUACCCGAGAGUUUCAACCAAAACACUCCCCAAUGAUACAAAAAGUCCACUUCCGGUUGACGUCCGUCGCUCAACAACGCCGUUGCUUAAGCUCCCUACUCUUUUCGAACAGUGGUCUGGGUUCUUUUACGUCCCACAUGAACUAGAUCAGUGAAAGUGCUGUGAGCCUAGACCUACGGCUUUUCGUCCUUAUCCGAGAAGACUAGAAAGUCUAACCGUUUGCAUUACAAGGCAGCACUUUCUUCUCAGUUAUUUAAAGACCCUGAGUGUUGGUCCGGCGGGGAUUUGAACCCGCGACCUCCCACUCAGCAGAGCGGCGCUCUCCCAACUGAGAUAACCGGUCGGCGAAAGACAAAACAUGUAUACUUCAGCUGCUAAUCUCUUUUAUCAUAAACGAUUUUCAUUUGGCUUACUCUUAACGGUUAGCAAAAACCUUUAAUCAUUUCGAAAUGACAUCUUAACAUCUACUGUUUCAAAACACAUUAGUUAAUUCAAAUAAGCGACCUCUGACCUAUCGCGUUUUAAAGCGUAAUGAACUCGUGUGGACCGUCAUUCGCAAUUCCUCAUUUGUCUUGUUUUUCAGGACUCCAGAUAAACUACGAUAUGUCAAAGCCAAAAGGAAGCAGGGUGGUCGAUAUCCAAGUACGCUGCGCAAAAUGCAAAUUCCCAGUUUAUGAACCACUCGAUAAAUCUGCUGUGUACAAAGUGGCCAUGACCGACUACAUAGCUGCCGGUGGAGCAGGGCUGACUGUCAUUAGGGAUAAGAAACUCUCCCACCAAUUUGGCAGCAUAGUCGACCAGCAAAUGAUGAUGAACUAUUUCAAGGCCAAGUCUCCCAUAAUGACUGGAGAAGAAAAUAGGAUCACCUUUGUGGAGGGAUCGGACGAAAAACCUACGAUAUGCGGAGGCGGAGGAAACUUACAGGCUGUGAAUAUGCUUUUAGCCCCUCUCGCUGCUUUUGCAUCGUUAGUUGUAAAACACGUAAUCUAGAGACCAGGUUUGACAGCUACUGCAACUCGUAAGCAUUGCUUGAAGCGAAUGUGGUUCGACUAUGGCAGACGUAAUCAGUAUAGUUAGAUAGUAAUGUUUCCAGCUUAUAAGUUGCGAUGCCAUAAGCAACUUCAUCUAUGCGUGCCUUAAUUGUAGAGCCAGAGUGAUGAUAUAUAAGCAGACGAGAAUUUAAAUUUGCACGAAAAAAAAAUUGCUUGCAGAUGCACGAUUUACUGUCGAGUGCGUUAUUUCUGUCAAUUCCUCGCAGUAGUCUCAGUUUCUCGUCUGCUCUCGCAAUUCUAGUUGGAGUCUAGUUUCGAGCAACCUUAUUAAUCAGCUUGCGUAGAUUAUUUACUACCCUUAAGCCAGGUUCAGACGCCCAACUUUCAUGAGCCGAACCUGAUUCGAAUUAAGGCCGAUCCAAAUUAUUUCGUUUGGCCGAAUUGAUUCAGACGCCGAUCUUAAUUCCAGCCAAAGUAAAUUCAAAAGGGGAAAAAUGCUCAUUUUGGUCAAACUGCUUACAAAAAACGUUAUAUUUUAUAACGCAUUGAAACUUUCGCCAUCGAAUCGAAGCCGUUCCAAUGUCGAUCCAAAGUUAACCUGCGAUCAGGCGGUCCUUCUUCUCCCUUUUUUGGGAGACGAGGGGUCAGGGUACCCGUCCACCCACUUUCGCACUUUCCCCGAAAAAAAACACGGCCCGGCUAGGCGAGAAGAACGGUCGAGCCGUUCCAAAUUGAAACAGUAGCCGAAGUUUUCAUGUACUUAAUUCAAUGUAUAAGGGUCGGCUCAUGAAAAGUUCGGCGUUUGAACGCGCCUUAAAUGAAGUGUACCAUAAGGGGCAUGUAUUUGUGAUGAUGAAAAAGGCCGCGUUUUUUUCAGGACAUAAGGAACUCGUUUUUCCAAUCAUAGUGCGCGCUAAUUUUAAUGUCUGUUCGGAGUACAUGUAUAUAUCUUAAGACUAUCUUACAUAGUGGUUGUUUUAGUGAAUUAUUAUCACCACGAAUAUUAUUAUGGCUUUUUAUGCCAGAUUGUACUUGGCUUUUAUAUAACAUUCCCAUUUUCAUCUAAAAACCAAUAAAGUUGUUGAAAAAAAUGUUUUAUUCGUCAAUAAUAACACGAACUUAGUGACACGAAAUGCCUGAACCCAUGGAACCCUACAAAGUCUCUUAGACGCCCUCACCUCUGAGCAAGGUCAAGCUCAGUGUAACUGGGCCAUUAAUUGGCUUUGUAAUUGAUGACAUGCCUCCUGCAUCACAAAAUUCAGUACAUUGUCGUUACUAAGGCCCGCCUACACAGAUCCGGACGCUUUUGAAAACGCACUGACAGUCACGGUACCUCUGGCCUUGCGGACACCCCGAUAAUACGGAAAGCAGCUUCAAAGCAAAAAAGAGUUGUAGAUAUUUGACUGAAAUAAACUUUCGCUACAGUCAACUCCCUUUGUAACGGAAACUAUAAGGACCUCGAGCUAGUGUCCCCUUUAGCGAGAGUCCGUAAAAGGGCAAAAAGCGUCAGAUAUUUUGCUAUCUGUACGAUUGCCUAAGAAAACAGUCGACAUUUCUCGACGCCAUCACUAGCUUCUCAGCGAAAUGACGUCCUACAAACAAGCGCGGAAAUUUCAUAUCGAUGACUCGCCACUACCCAGAUCUGGAUUGUGCUUCUGAUUGGUUGAGGCAAAUUUCCCGCGCGUCACGACCAAUCAAAAGCACUUACCAGAUCUCGGUAAUGGCACGUCAUUAGUUUAAAAUUUCUGCGCCUGUUUCACAGUCGUCAUUUCGCGGGUAAUAAAGACGAUUAUUCGAUUCGGCUCAUGUUGGUAUGAUCUGAAGAAUUCUGCAGAUCGAGGAGGGUGGAUAAUAUCCUCGCUCCGAGAUCUGCGUGAUUCUCUAGAUCCCUCGACUCUUUCCCGAUAUAUCUAGGAAAUAUUGAAGCGACUCUGCUAGGAGAGUAAUAAGUGUGAAAACGGGACGGAUUUCAUUAUAGACGAAUAAUCCGUCUGACUUUAAAUUUAUUCGUCUGUCUAUCCGUUUAAAAAGAAGAAUUUUGAAGACGUUUUGUUGGCAAGAGACGGAUAAUCCAUCUCAUGUAUGAAAACGGCCAAUGACUGACGAGAACUAUUCAGGGACCCGGACAAUAAUUAUGCCAAAAGAUAAAGCCUUUUGUCACGCUUGUAAUUGCAUAUCAUUUACUUCAUUGUCUUUAUUCUUUUUCUUGUCGUUGUUGUGCAACUUUUGACACUUUUUCAGACUUUUAUCUUAACUGAAGGAGAGACAGACAUCUCUGACUGACAUUACAUAACCUUGUGAACUUGCAUGUAUUAAAUUGCAACGUGUUUAAGUGUCGCGGAGCUUCUGGUUCAGUACAACAUGGAGGCUUUAGCACUAUUCAAAUCAAUCACCCUUGUGCUUUUGACAUUGUCUAUAUCCUCUCUGGCGCAAGGAUUUUCACUCACUCUUCUGCAUACAAACGAUAAUCAUGCGCGGUUUGAAGAAACAGACACCUACGGUUUCCUAUGCUAUCCUAAAGACGCUCAAGCGGGCAAAUGUUUCGGAGGAAUGGCUCGCAAAGCAACGAUGAUAAAAAAAAUUCGAUCCCAAUCGAAGAAUGUACUUCUCGUUUCCGGCGGCGAUGUCUUCACUGGAACUGUGUGGUAUCAAGUUUAUCGGGGAAAUGCUACCAGAACGUUCAUGAACGAGCUUGGAUAUGAUAUCAUGGUAAGUUUAGAAUGACCUAGUUUAGCUUCAUUUGCUAAGCGGACCACGUUUAUAUAAGUAGAGAACGAUUACAUUGCAAUUAAGAAUGUUCAUUUAGAAAAGAAAGUGCAAAUAUAUUUCACGGUGGAAUAAAUAAUUUUUCACAGUUUUUCAAAGUUUACGCUCGUGAACUUCAGUUUUUGUAUUGAAGCGUUCUUGGUAUUCCUUACUGAUGAAUUCUAACCGCGGAAAGAAACAGCUGUAUAAACACUCAGUGUUUCACCUGUUAAAAAAGGUUGAGCUCUCUUACAAAGCUAGCUUUGGUACGUUAUAUUAUUAUGUUAGACAUUGUUGUUAGCCAUGCUUCGCUUCGCCUCAAAUGCAUAUUCUUCGACAUAAUUACCGUUGUCAUUACUGUAAGAAAUCAGGCUACCAUUAACAAUAUUUAAAGAAAACUGAAAAACAAAACCGUAAAUCCACACGGGAAAAAUUUCUUCUUCCUAAACAGAACUUGAAAUCAAAAUUCCCAUAGAUAUCUGGCAAGAUAGCCUUUUCUUCAAAUGGUAGGUUUUCAAUGUUAAACAACGUUUCGUACGUAAAAAAACAGACGAGAAAAAAUUGCAUGCAAUUAAUGUCUUGCCUUCACACUGCCAAUAUCUAAGUGGAACAAAUUCUCUGAUGCCCUUUUCGUGCUAUGUCAUAAUUAACGACUCAAUUCUUUCUUCAACAGACCCUUGGAAAUCACGAGUUUGAUGACGGCGUUGACAACUUGGUGUCCUUCCUCAGCCAGCUGAAUUUUACAGUUGUGGUCUCAAAUCUAAACGUCACUCAGGAGCCAAAGUGGCCCAGCACACCUCCUCUGAUAGUCAAGUCUAAAGUUGUUAAUGUUGGCAGUGAGAGGAUUGGGUUUGUGGGAUAUGUACUGAAAGACACGCCACAGUAAGUUUUGUUAAUGAGCUGGUUGCGAAAGGGUGGACUUGAACAAAAUGUCGAGGCCAACUUAGGUAUAAAUCAUCUCAAAAUUUAAGAGCAGGGAUGGGGUUUUUGAUAAGCAACAGUUUUGGUAGCAGGAAACGCUUGUAAACUGUAGUUAUCAUGGCGAGCAUUUACGACAAUUUUCUCUCAGCUCCACCAAUGUCUCUGCAGAACUGACGGUAGAUUCGUAUCCUAAGCCCCCUUUAUUAGAGAAACUUGAUUUUAUAUAACGUUUACUUAGCAAAGCUCAAGUGCUUCUAAAAACGCCAAAACAGCUAGAAAUUUACUUAAGGUGGCUCGAUACAGUUUUUCAGGGUGAAUACCUCCCAAGUGUGAGCGUGAACUACGUCGCCAUUUACAAAGAUUUGGAGAAAUUAACAGCACAGUUGUCUUAGAUAAAGAUGAAACUUUGUUAUGAUCAGGGUUGCAAUGACAUCGGAGUUGACAUAGCAACGAAAUGACGCCAUUACCUAUUUUACUUACAGCAGUAUUUUUCGGCACUGGGAACUGUUCUUCCAAAAUCGUUCACUGGAGCUUUUUCUUCCAAUAGCCGCCUCGAUGUUCGUGAAGUUUAAGCGAAAUCUGUAAGAGCGUUAUCGUGAUAUUUUGGGAAGAAGUUUUUAUGGUUAGAAAUAAGGUAAAAAAUUGAUAAUCUUGAUGUUCGACUGUUAUAUGUACUAAACGAAGCGCUUUUAACAUGCAAUUUCACCUCAUACUAGUUUAAAUCUUUUUAAAAACGUGUGUGAAAGAUCAUGGAGAUACCUCCAGCCGAUUGCUAGAAAGAAGGAUUUGAUUGGUAUGUAUCGGGGCGUUCUUGUUAGCGGUAAUGUAAAAAUUUCAGUCUACUUUUUAAAUAAGCGAAUAAUUUUUAAACCGCUCGAUAAAUUUUUUAGAAAAUUUAAGAAUCUUGAGAUUAACCGUCCUUUUAUAUGACCUCUUAGUUUCAAGACUAUUGAUAUAUUGUAAGGCGGUAAAAUAAGGGCUACAAUACGCUAAUAUUUUGUCAGAAAUUUUGUGUUUACAAGUGUGAGUCUCUCAUUAUUCAGGGGUAUUGUCUCCAAGUUUCAUAUUUUCGUGCACAACAAUAGCUAGCAGUUUUGCAUAUGUCAAAUGCAUUGUUAUUUACUGCUGUUCACGUGAAAAUGAAACUUUGAGACAAUACCCCUGAAUAAUAAGAGACCCUCACUUGUAAACACAAAAUUUCUGACAAACUAUUAGUGAAUUAUAGCCGUUAUUUUACUACCUUACAAUAUAUCAAUAAUCUUGAAACUAAGAGGUCAUAUAAAAGGACGGUUUAUCUCAAGACUCUAAAAUUUUUGAAACAAUCUAUCGAGCGGUUUUAAAAUUAUUCGCUAAUUUGUUGAAGUGGACCGAAAUGUUUACCUUACCGCUAACAAGAGCGCCCCGAUACAUACUAAUCAAGUCGUUCUUUCUAGCAAUCGUCUGGAGGUAUCUCCAUGGUCUUUCACACACGUUUUUAAAAAGAUUUAAACUACUAUGACGUGAAAUUGCAUGUCAAAAGCGCUUCGUUUAGUACAGAUAAUCAUCAAACACCAAGAUUCUACAUUUUUUACCGUAUUUCUAACCAUAAAAACUUCGCCCCAAAAUAUCUCGAUAACGCUCUUACAGAUUUCGCUUAAACUUCACGAACAUCGAGGCAGCUAUUGGAGGAAAAAUCUCCAGUAAACGAUUUUGGAAGAACAGUUCCCAGUGCCGAGAAAUACUGCUGCAAGUAAAAUAGGUAAUGGCGUCAUUUCGUUGCUAUGACAACUCCGAUGUCAUUGCAACCCUAAUCAUAACAAAGUUUCAUCUUUAUCUAAUACAACUGUGGUGUCAAUUUUUCCAAAUCUUUGUUUAUGGCGACGUAGUUUACGCUCAAACUUGGGAGGUAUUGACCCUGAAAAACUGUAUCGAGCCACCUUAAUAACACUUAAUCACUUCUAGUGUUACAAACUGUACUUAGUGCAGCUGAAAAUGCUGGAAAUCAAUAGCAAGCUUUUGUGAUUCGAGGGCUUUUCCACUUCUCGCGCUCUACAAGAAUAGGCCCUAUGCAGCUAGCCAUUCAUGUGGUAGAAAACCGCCACGCUGGAGAGAAAAAGUUGCUCUGGGACAAGACCAACAAAAGGCACACAUAAUUUUGAAUGGUAACUUCCUUCGUUUGUCUUGUCCCAGUGAGACUUUUGCUCUCCAGCAUGGCGGUUUUGUAUCACGUGAAUGGCUAGCUGCAAAGGGCCUAUUGCUAGCGAUAUGUUUGAUUUCUCACCCAUUCCCCGAGAUCAUGUAAGGGAGUCCUAAAUCUGGGGCAUAUGCGAAAUUCGGAAACUUGCGACUUUGGAAGCCGGAAUACAGCUCAAGGAAUCCGGACUCCUACUAACGAUGGCAGAAUCCAAGACUGUCUUGGAUAAUUGCCUGACAUUGGGCGACAUUUCUCAUGAAGAAUUUGUAGCACAGGCUUCGAACAGGCUCUAUGCUUUCAGAUCUUGAGCAAAAAUCCAAAUUCCAACUGAAAGAUGCAUUCUUCCUCUGCAAUAUAGGUUGUCAAAACCUGGCCCAGGGCCCAAUAUUAAAUUCUUACCUGAGGUGGAGUCAGUGAGGAAAGCUGUGGAAGAACUGAAGCAACAGAACAUCAAUAAAAUCAUCGCCGUUGGUCACGCGGGUAUAGAAAUGGAUAAACGAAUAGCCAAUGAGGUUGAUGGAGUGGAUAUCGUGGUAGGAGGUCACACAAACACCUUUUUGUACACAGGUACUAAAGCUACACUAAAACGUACAAAAAAGGCGCAACAUUGCUGCCGCACGAGCUGAAAAGCAAGUUGCCGGGGCGCUAAAACGCGCAACAUGUACAGAUUUUGUUGCAAAAAGUAGAACUACCCUCUACUUUCGUCAAAUAACAACUUUUUGCAACGUUGCAAUUCCUAGCAAAUUUCACGUCGUAGUGGGUAGUGACGGCUUAGAAAUGUACCGAAAAGUGUGACGAAUGUGCAAAGUCGUUGCGGUUAUCUGUUUUUGUUUUUAUCAAACUUAUUGCUUUUCUGACGUUCCCGUUCCAUAACCAUCGUCCUUGCUUCUGGACCUUUUUUAUCCAAACAGGGGCAGCCAUUUACAGCGUUUCCUUCACAACAGUGUUCAGUGGUUAAGACAAUUAUCUGCGAGUGACGCUUUGCAUAGCUGAGUCGAUCCACUAAAGAAUCCAACCAGUUUUAUUCGGACCAUCAGCAACAACAGUUUCUUAUAACAUGCUCAUGAGAUGUUUAGUGUCAUACGAAUUUUUAUUACUCCAGAUUUAUGUUAGUAAAUUGUUUUUUAUAUAAUGGCUGUCUUUCGGAAGGGUUUUCCGCCAUAUACCGGGACACGGGACACGGGACACGGGAUUUGACUGCUACCGGGAAGCCGGGCUGGCGAAAAUUUCGGCAUAGGAUGGGUAAUUGGGAUAGUAAACGAUAUUCCGGAUAGCGAUGACACAAGAUUGAGAUGCAGGAUUCUCGUGAAAAAGUAGAAUUUGGAAUCAGAAACGCCCUUACUAGUCACUUUACAAUGUAAGCCCGCCCUAAGCGUUAAUGUGUCAAGAGUGUCUAAUUGCAAGCUUCUUCCUUUGUUUCAAUCAGGAGAGCCACCCUCAACAGAAAUACCUUACGGUAAAUACCCCCUGGAGAUAAGGCCAAAGAGCAACCCACUGUCCAAGAAGGUACUGGUGGUUCAGGCGUUUGCUUACGGAAAAUAUCUUGGGAAUCUGACGGUUGAUUUUGACGACAAUGGCGAUUUGACCUCGUGGUCUGGUAAUCCAAUACUGUUGGACAAUUCUGUAGCCAAAGACCCAGCGGUUCUGAGACAGGUUGAGCAGUGGAAGACUGAGGUGGCUAAAGUUUCAGAGGUAAGGACUGAUAUUAUUUUAAAUUCUUUUCUGGUGAUCUUUGCCAGCUUAGACCGACCGAUACCUCAGAAUGAUAUCACUAUAAUGCAAUUCUAGAGCUCUGAUUAGCUUAGCCAUCUUGGUAUGAGCCAUUAUACCACGCUCUCCAAAUAUGGUAACUGUACGCGUUUGUUCAAAAUUAAAAACAAGCUGAAAAUCUGUUGUUUUUACAAAUAAAGUCGGGAAGAAUUCUCUAUAUUUUGUGGGCGUUUUUAAUAAAACAAUAUUAUUUCACUCGCGCUUGCUGAAUAUGAGAUGAUUAUAACCAAAUCGGCGUUACGCGCCUGGUUUACUACUACCAUCUCAUAUCCAAGCAAAAUAAUUCAAUAAUUGUUAAAUAUAACUGGCGCCGUGACUGAGUUUAAGACAGUUAAGAACUGAGGAAGUCCACUUUUAUAAUUUUCAGUAUCUCAAAAUCGGGCGCUCUGUAGAUAAUAAAGUUCUUUUGUCCUGUUCUAUUGUGUUUGCAAACCAGACUACGAAACCUAAAGCAUAUAUCCGUGUCUUACGCGAUAAAGUAUGAUAUCGAACGAUGGAAUAUUGGUGUAGCCUGUUCCAGGCGCUCAUAUGAUAAGGAGAGAGCAAAAAACGAAGAGGAGGCGGGGGGGGAUGUAGGGAGAGGGGGCGAAAGACAAGCCUAAGUGGAGGAGAUAUUUAUGGAGAGAAUCAGUAUGGAUCAACAAAUUGUUUUGUAUUGCAGGUCCCAGUGGGUUCAAGCUUUGUUUUCCUGAAUGCAUCGAAACCAGGUUGCAUGCUCAAAGAAUGCAAUUUAGGAAACGUUGUCACAGAUGCCAUGGUCUUCCAUUACGCUAAUCUAUCAGCCAAUGAAGAACAGUGGACGGGUGCUAGUAUUGCACUUCAAAACAGCGGGAGUAUUACUACAUCUAUUGCCGUCAAUGCACAAGGUACGGCAACAGGUAUCCUUAUGAACACAAGCUAUGCGCUUCGAUUUAAUCGUCAUUUUUUGACGCUGGCUGGGAUGUAACCUGCGAACGGAAGACGUUUCUCCCUGCUCAUCGCCUUUAAGGGGCGUUUCGCAAAACGUCACUCAGCGGCGAUGAGCGAGGAGAAACGUUUGCCGUUCGCAGGCUGGCUGGGAUGAGAACUCAACGGAUGUCAAGAGAAAAGGCGGACUACAAUAAUAAUAAUAAUAACAUUUAUUUAUACCGCGCAAAUUCAACUAUACAGUUUUCAAAUGCGCCUUACAAUUAAAGAUCUAAAAAUAUACCUUACAAUUAAAGAUCUAAAAAUAUACCGUAAAACAAACAACAAAAAAAACAAAAAAAAAAUUACAACAUUAAAUUACAACAUUAUAUCAGAAAAGGCUUUUUUAAAAAGGUGAGUCUUCAAAUUACGUUUAAAAACUUGAAAAUCGGAGGUGCAUCUAAGAUCUAACGGAAGAUUAUUCCAUAGUUUUGGUGCGGCGGCUACAAAGGCUCGGUCACCAAGAGUAGGGAGAGUCCUAAAGUUAGGAUUUGAAAGCAGAUAUUUGUUAUUUGAUCUGAGGCUGUAGGAAGAAUUAGGUUUAAAAUUAACGAGAGAUGAUGCAAGCAGUCUAUUUAAUGUGAUCAAUGACUAAGGAAAGUAAGGUUGCUCAGUAUACACGUGCGCGAUUUUAGUCUUCUUCUUUGCCAAGGAGACAAUCAAACAAACUAGUUAAAUCUUGAAGCUUGUAGAUGUCGCCCUGCCUCGUCCCCAGAAGUCCUUCUUUGCCCUCGUAUUGCACACUUGGUGUCUUACGACUGAUGCACCGCCAGCCUUACUUAUUAUAUCCAUCCCAUCACCCAUGACCCUCGAACAUUCUCCCAUCCACGCGAUGGUAGCGUCUGGUGACAUUGCACCAGAUCGCUGCAGUAACCAACUUCAAGCGCCGGAAAAUGCUGUGAACAAGUUGUUGGUUAACUUCUGAUUGGCUGAGAAAGUCGCACGAUAUUCUUUAGACAAUCACAAAUCGUGGCGAUGCAAAAUUAGUCUGAAAUGUCUCACGUCUCCCACCCUCCCACCCCCCCCACGGGUUACGGAAUGGAGACGUAUGACAUUUUAUAGCCUGCGAAAACAUCCGUUUCUCCUCGCUCUUCGCUGCCGGGGACGUUUCGUGCGAAACGCAGGCUAGACAUUUUAGACUAAUUCAAAAUCUAAAAAAUCAUUGGUUUUCUUUAACUCCUCAUUGAAAACAGGUCAUAUCCUCGAGUCAGCGCAUUUAAACUCUGCGGCUUCUUUAAACACCCAACUUGCUGUAAUUGUUUUAAAGGGAACCUCCACUUCAACAAAAAGAUAACUUUAAAUCACAGGAAAUAACUGUUACAGUCAAGUCAAUCUAAAAUAUUUUUAAAGAAAGCGUUUGUAUCCGAAAGAAAUAACUUUUAGAUUCGCCUAUUUUUGUUUUCAAAUUUUGCGGGCGUCGCCAUCUUGAAUAAUUGUGACGUGUAAUGGUUGCCCUAUUGUUCUUAAACAAAAGCUCUUUGUGUCAGAACAAUAGAGCAACCGUAACACGUCACAAUUAUUCAAGAUGGCGGCGCCCGCGAAAUUUGAAAGUGAAAAUAAGCGAUUUUAAAAUCCACUUUUCCUGAUAUAAACACUUUUUUUAAGACAAAUUUCGAACAAAUUUGUUUAUCAACAUAAUUUUAUUCGAUUUAAACUUAUUCUGUAGUAAGAGUGGAGGUUCCCUUUAAUUCGAAAGAAAAUCUCUCUGAAGUUAUCACCAACUUGCUUCGACCACAAAAUAUACAUUUUUUUCUCUCUAAUUUAUUUAGAUACGAUAACGUAUGGGCACAUUUUAAACAGCUUCCCUUACAAGAACACGGUAGAUCUGGUGGAAUUAAAAGGAACGGACCUGCUCAAGGUUUUUGAGCAAGUUGCAUCUAUGUACAGUAAAAGAAAGCCUAGUGUAUCGUUCCUACAAGUUUCAGGUAUACUAUUAUUUAUUCACCACUCUGAUAGAAAUAGGGUUUGCUUAAAUUGAGGCUUUAAAAGCAACCACGCAGCAAUAGCAGGGAAAACGUCAUUUUAAAAAGUGAAUUGGGGCUGUUUCAAACUUCAUCGCGAUUAUUCCAUUCCGUUCAAUUUGUCAAAUUAGGCGAACGUUUCUGGAUUUGAAUUCUUAAGGCCGUAUGCAACUGGAAAGGGAGAAAAAAAGAAAUGGUCGUCUUUUGCUAACGCCCCAUUUAUAAUGGAGAAAUCUUAUCCCGUGAAUUAUCCCGGUAGAAGGCCCUUACUCGUCCCCAGUCGUCUUCGCUAACACGCGCGGCGGGAACACGGAGAGAUACCCGAGCUUCUAUGAGCGAGCCACCUUUCAAUACAUUUCCUUACAAAAUUCGGCGAACCGUUUACAUGAGAAACAAAAAGUUGGCUCAGUUAAAACUGGGCUUGUUUGACAGUAGGCAGGGUCAGUCAACUCGGUCAAGGCGAGACAAUCCCGCAGAGUGUGCGCGAGCACUGUUUCAUCAUAUAAGCGCUCCGCCCCGUAAGUUGACUUCGCUGGGUGAUGACCCUUCUUUCUCGAUAUGAAGAGGGUGUAACUUCCUUCGUAAACGUGAAAUUAGCAAAUUUCACCUUCUAUUCGUACGGUGACGAAAUAGAAAUGUACUAAAAAGCAUAAUGCACGUGCAAAGUUUCUUGUUGCCCAACCAUAAACGUCUGCACCUCCAGUAAAUAAGCCCGCUUGUAAGAAAGGGGUUCGAUGUUCCAAGGACAGUUGUUGACGCAUACUUUACUUACCAGGCCUCCAAAUAAAGUACGAUAUGACAAAGCCGAAAGGAAGCAAAGUAGUGGAUAUCCAAGUACGCUGCGCCAAAUGCCAAGUCCCAGUUUAUGAACCACUCAAUCUUUUCGCUGUUUACAAAGUAAUUCUGUCGUCCUACAUGGCAAGGGGUGGAGCCGGGCUAAGUGUUAUCAAUGAAAAGAAAGUCUCCCAUCAAGUGGGCAACAUAACGGACGAUGUUCUUAUGAUGAACUAUUUCAAGGCCAAGUCCCCCAUUAUGACUGGAGAAGAGAAUAGGAUCACCUUUGUGAAGGAAGACGAGAAAAAGCCCUCGGUAUGUGGUGGCGGCGGAAGCUUACAGGCUGUAAAAAUACUUUUAGCUCUCGCUGUUUUUGUAUGUUCAGUUGUAAAACAUAUUAUUUAGUAAGUUGGCUCGACUGCUAGUCCGCGCCAUGAACAAUGCACUGUUGAAAACUAAAACAAGGACAGUUAAAGUGACAGCAAUAGUACAAUUGCAUGAUGACAUCAUUUUACAACAACUCCCAGCAUCUUUCAGUUUGUUGUAUUCUUGUGCAAAUUAGGACUAUUGUUUCCUUAAACCUCAGCAGGAUUGAGAAAUUUAAAUAAGAAAAGGUAAUCAAAGAAAGACUAUCGUCAACUCGUAAGAACGUUGUUUAGAAAAUAAUCACAUGGUUAUCAACUCUGAUUUCCCC